GCUCAUCCUCUCACUCCAGUAUCUGAAUUGCAAGGAUUUCAAUACUUAUACUUACCCAAUCGCCACCGUUUACCUCUUCGAGAAAUGCGUAAUCGAUUGCAUCAACUAGGUCUUAACUGUGCACGUAUCCUCGAUAUUCAUUAUCCAGCUCAUGGCACGGUGGCAAUCCUCUUUUAUAACGACUGCUUGGAGGAAGCCAAAGUACUUACCAUCAAACGCGGUAUCCAAAUCAAGGGGGAUUUUAAUCCACUACACCACUCUGUUGUCCAGAAUCCGGAUUUCAAAGACAAAGAUGACGAAACUCGAACUAUUGAAGCAUACCGCCUGAACAAUCAAAGAGCACUUCCCACCAUUGCUUAUUUACGUGCUCCUAUCAACAAGGCAGUGACCCGGGAUUUCUACAAAAGACAAUGGAUUACACAAGAACAAAUAGAUCUCCUCUCCAAUGACGAUCGACAAGAGAAUUUCAAUGCAGAU